AUGUUCAAUGUGGCUUUUGAACUCGUAGAGAACAAUGAACUGAAUCCUCAAGAACCGGCGAUUAAUGCAAAUCCUGAGCAUGUUAAUGAUGAUUUUGUUGUUGGUGUCGCUCAAGAACAACAAGCGAGUCCUGAGCAUGAUAAUGAUGAUGUUGUUGUUGGCGUCGAUCAAGAACAGCAAGCGAAUGAGUCUUCUUCCUCAACUAUCUCUGAAUUGGCCGCUUCUUCUUGUUCCACCAUUAACGUAGAAAGCAAGAAAAGAGCGUCUUAUGCUUCAGUUGUCUCUGGCUUGCCCCCUUCUUGUUCCGCCAUUAACGAACCAAGCAAGAAAACAGAGUCUUCUUCUUCUUCAAGAAACGGUGAAAGUACUGGACCCGUCGAGAUAAACAGGGAACAUGUUACUCAGAAUCCAAUGGCUAGUGGUCAAACGAGGAACCAACAAACAAGAGCAUCAUCUUCUACAAGACUCUCUUCCGAUGCAAGACCAUGGAGUCCUCCGAACACAAUACAGCAGCGUCCAAUGGCUAACCAGAUGACUAACAACAACUAUGGCAAUGAACAACAACUCUCUGGUAUGCAUCAACUUAAUCUCAAUGCACCAACUCCAAUGAUGUAUCAGCAGCAGAACCAAAUGGGUUUUGUUCCAAGUCAUGCUCCAAUGAUGCAGCACGAUCACUUUGUGAGACCUCCAGUUAGGCCAAUGAUGUACAACCAGCAGCAGAAUAUCAUGCAGGAUCCAUAUCAUCUUCCAAUGAACUAUAUCAACCAACAACAACAACAUUUUGGCUUCCCCAUUGGUAUGACUCACCAACAAGCUCCUCCUAAUGCACCAAGGUAUGACCUGAAUCAUCAAAAAAUGCAGCGAGUUCGGCCUCAAACGCAACAGCCAACGCAGUCUCAGGGGUUUAACAAUGGACCGUCUUCUCACCAAGCUCAAGACAAGCAGCAGAAGCCUAAGUAA